AUGAGACUGUACCACAAGGCGAGCGCGGUGCUUGCCUGUCUCGGGACAGCCCUGGCCUUCGAGCCAUUGGUGCCUGGCUUCAUCAAGAACAACCAUGGUGAAUCGGUGGCCAAACUAACUGAGAUAUCGUCUUCGCGGUCGGCGGCUGUGUCGCUGAAAGAACAGACGGUGCUGGGCGCGUCGAACUCGUCGUCAGACGUUACCGUUACUCUGGGAACUGGAAUCCAGCUUUUGGAAACCGAUUCGGAGCAGAAUUCUUUCUUUCUGAACGUGACAGUAGGAGACGAGAGCGUGCCGCUGCUUCUGGAUACCGGAUCGCCGUAUCUAUGGGUUUACGCUUCAGAUUGCGAGUCUGAUGCUUGUGAAAAUAAGACCACUUUGAGUUUGCCUUCUGACGACAAAACCACAUCCACGUUCUCUUUGGCAUACACAAGUGGAACAGCCUCGGGGAAAAUUGCCACGGAGGAUGUGACGGUGGCCGGGCUGACUGCCGAAGAUUUCAACAUUGGCUAUGCCAGUACCGUGCCGUCAAUCUUCGAGAACUAUCCCUUCAGCGGAGUGCUCGGACUCCCCUCGGACAAUUCUUCGUCUGCGAGUCUGGAGAACGUGAUCACCGCAUUGAGACAACAGGGCUCAAUCUCUGAGUCAACAUUUUCGCUCAUUCUGGGAAACCUGACUGUUGAGACAGCUGGAGCUGGUCUUCUGAUCAUAGGCCAGGACCUGGAAGAGCUUUAUAGUGGUGAUUUCUACACCGUGGACGUGAUUCAAAACUCAGCUUCCUACUGGAAGAUUCAAGUGGACGGCUUGUUUGUUGAUGAUGAUGCUGUGAAGGCAAAAAACGCGUCUUCCAAGCUCUCUGGAAAUGCCAUUCUCGACUCCGGUACCACUGGAAUCAUCCUUUCGUUAGCUGAUGCCCAAUACCUCCACUCAUAUUUUGACAACUCUAUCAGUGACGGAAACAGCUUUGCUAUUCUUUGCAACAGUACCAAAGAGAUUUCUUUCGAAAUUGGCGGGCACAAUUGGACAUUGACUUCUUCAGACUAUCUUGGCUCUGCAUAUUCGUCCGAGUCUGACUACUAUGGCUACUGCAUCAGCAACAUCCAAGGUCUAGAUGUCACCAGUGAAAAGCUCUGGAUUUUGGGAGGACUUUUCCUCAAGAAGGUGUAUUCACGCUUUGAUUACGGAAACCAACAGGUUGGUCUUGCCGAGAGAUACUAUAACAUAAACGUGGUGUCUGAGUCCACCACUGCUGCUGCUGCUGCACAAGCAUCUACAGCCACACAGACCACUUCCACAUUACAGACCAUCACCACCUCAACGAAAUCGUCUUCGUCUUCGUCGUCGUCUGUUUCGUCGUCGUCUUCUACUAACGGAAACUCAACUACGUCAUCAACCCAGGCCCAAAACUCAGCACCAUCAACACAGCCGUUUCGCUAUGCAUUUGUUUUAAUACCUGUUAUUGCCUUGAUUUUGAUCUGA